AUGCAUCGAUCCUCCCCCCUCUCAGCGAGCAAAGAGGUGGGCGAAUUUGCUCCAGCUCCAGCUCGCCCAUGUCCUGAGCACAGAAUCAACACUUGGUUGAAAAGAUUCGUUCUCGUUUCUUUCGCAGUCUAUCUAUGCGCUCAAUUGUCUACACUCUUUCCCUUCCGAAUCUCUAUUCCAACAAUCUCGUGUUCCUCAUUCGACUUGCACAAAACACUAUUGUCUAUUCCCUCGGCAGAGCGAGCACGCGAAUGGAGUGCCUAUUACACAAACACUAGUCAUCUUGCAGGAGAGGGUUGGGAACAGGCUAAAUGGACGCAGGCAAAGUGGAAGGAAUUUGGCAUUCCACAAGUCGAGAUUGCAUCUUACGACGCUGACCUUCCCGCACCACGAGCCGAAAACCAGCGUGUGGCCCUUCUUCAGGGCGACGAGGUGCUCUAUGAAGCGCCGCUGGUGGAUAAUACCAAUGCCAGCUUCGCGCCAGCCUAUUUUGGCUUUUCUGCCAACACUAAUAUCACGGCCAGAUUCGUAUACUGCAAUUUUGGCAGCCAAGAAGACUUUGACGAGAUUGCACGAUCCGGUAUCAGUGUUGUCGGCAAGAUUGGUAUAUUGAAGCUUGCCAAUGCGUCACCAACGCUCCAAGCGAAGGGGCUGGAAAUCUUUCGUGGUAUCCAGCUUAGCAAUGCGGAAAAGGCAGGCUUACUCGGAGUCAUUUUCUACACCGACCCUCAAAAUGAUGGCACAAUUACCGAGGCGAAUGGAUACAGGCCAUUUCCUGGCGGUAUCGCACGCCCGCUGACUGGAAUCGAGCGAGGCGGUUUUGGCAAUUCUGAGGACUAUCAUGAAGGGUUGCUACCCAAGAUCCCUUGCAUCCCUGUGUCUGCCCUUGACGCGGUUGAACUCAUCAAGGCGCUCAAUGGAAUCGGUCCGUCGGCCAGGAAGAUCGGCGGUCGUUGGCUCGGCGGCGCACUCUACGUCCGUGGCGUUGGCUACCAUGUCGGACCUUCUCCUGAGCACCUUACCAUCAACUUGGUGAAUAAUGCUCCCAUUGUCCCCUUAAAGAGCCACAAUGUCAUUGGCACGAUUCCGGGCCAACUUGACGACGAAGUCGUCAUCAUCGGCACCCACCGUGACGCUUGGGGUCCCGGAGCAGGCGAUCCCGGCAGCGGUUGCGCGGCCAUCAACGAAGUCGUCCGCAGCUACGGGAGUGCGUACCAGCAGGGAUGGCGACCGCUCAGAACGAUUGUUUUUGCCAGUUUCGAAGGCGAAGAGUUUGCCCAGCUCGGUUCUCUGCUGUGGAUCAAAGAUCACUUGAAGUGGCUCAAAGCCACCACUGUCGCGUACCUCAAUGUUGUUGUCGCCGCGUCUGGAUCUGUGUUUCACGCCAAAGCUAGCCCUCUCUUGCAUAGAGCUGUCUGGAACGCAACUGCUCAAGUUCAGUCUCCUAUAGUGCCAGAUCAAUCGAUUCUAGACGUAUGGGGCGGCUCCAUUGCUCCGGCCGGCGGCGGCGAUGCCGUUCGCUUUCAAGGCCUGCCCUGCAUCGCGACUGUGGAUAUUGGCUUCUCUCCCGGCUUAGGAGAUGCGGUUUUCUCGUAUCAUACUGGUUUUGACAACUUUGCGUGGAUGGACCGCAUCGGCGACCCCGGCUGGAAGCAGCACGUUGCCAGCGCCAAGCUGAUGAAUCUCAUCGCGGCGUACAUGAUCGAGUCCCCAGUCAUCAAUAUGAGCGCCCGGGACUACUCCGGCGAAAUACAAACGUGGCUGGACCUUGUGCGCGAGCUCGGUAAACGGUCAUCUGAAGUUGAUCUCUCCGGGUUGAUGGCGGUUGUAGAGAGAUUUGCACGGGCAACGGCGCUCUUCGACCGCUAUGCCGAUACUCUUAGAGCAGCCCCAGGAUCGUGGUGGAAUGCCGCACGGAGCUACACGAGUGCCCAAAGUCUACUAACCAAAGCUGUUCGGGGAGUGAACAAGGUCUAUAUAGCCUUGGAGCGUGAAUUCUACUACGAAGCCGGUAUGGAUGGGUACCACGGCCUUCACCACGUCCUUUAUGCACCAGCAGCCUGGCACACCAUCGCAAACCCGAUGCCUGGUCUGGACAAGAGCCUACGAGAAGGAGAUUGGGAGAAUGCCAAGAAAUGGAGAGACGUGUUGAUUGACAAGAUUGGCAAUGCUGCGAGGUUGCUCGAAGAUCAUCUCGCAACAGUUGGACAGAAUUAG